CGUAAGAAUUGAAUCAAGCAAUGGAUAUGUAUUGAUAGGUUACCUGCCUGUUUUGUUCAGUCAUUUCAAUUUAACUAUACUCCUGAGGACCAAUAAUUCUCCUUGAACGUCUUUUAAAAGUCAGACAUUCCCUUGCAACUUACCAUCAUCAUGCGUGUCCGCUCAGCCAGUCAGCUGUAUCACCACAUAUUGGUUUUCACCUUCGUCGUUAUAGUAAUUUCAUGCACCAUUGCCAAUGCACAAACUGUUGCAGGACGCCAUCUCACGGAUACUACUCCUAUCAACCUGACUUCACCAAAUUAUCCGAAUCCGUAUCCAAACAACUUGAAUUUUGCUUAUCAUAUAACCGUACCAGCCGGAUUCCGGAUAUUAGCCAAACUUUAUUUUCUGAGUCUGGAACGCAACAGUGAUUUCCUUUCAUUCGGAGAUGGUAAUGGUAGGGAGCUUAUCCGACUAACCGGAAAGUAUUCACCUCCGACUAUCCUGUCUCCGGAUAAUGUCAUGUGGAUGUACUUCACAAGUGAUGCAAGUAGUUCGGAUACCGGUUUUCAGUUUGAAGUUUCUCUUUUUAACCAGUCAGGUGUUCGUGUAGUGGAUGGCACAACUCCCUUUAAUGGGCGAGUAGAGGUCUACACCGAUACUUACGGGUGGGGCACUGUAUCCAGCUUUGCAUGGAACCUGAAGGAUGCCUCAGCUGUAUGUAAGGAGUUAGGUUUACCUGGUGCAAUCAGUGAGGUCACUAAUGCUUACUAUGGAGCUGGGACAGGAGUAGUCGCAAUGACUAAUGUCGACUGUAGUAAUGACCACUUCCGUCUCCAGGAUUGCAAUUUUCAGAGUCCUUGUUCUGCUUGCCCACACUCUCAAGAUGCUGGAGUCAAUUGUCAUCGGCCCAGCUACAUAGGUUGUUAUAGCUUUCCAAAUCUUCAGUCUGGUUCAAGCACCGCCAGAACAGUAGACGCCUGUAUAUCUAAUUGCGACCAGGCCAACAUGAGGUAUGCUGCCAUCAACGGUGACAAAUGCUUCUGUCGCUCGGAUAUGACUCUCACGGAAACACCCGAAGACAACACGAUAUGUGAUCGUCAAUGUUCGGAAAACCGAAACCAGGCCUGUGGGAGUACACAGGAAUCUUUCAUAUUUACAGUUUACGAUACCGAAUUUGCCAAAUGCAAGGAUCCAGGUAUUCCAGGAAACACCACAAGAACCGGAAAUAGCUUCCAGUUUAUGUCAAAGUUGAAAUACAACUGUUCUGAAGGCUUUGAUCUGAUUGGUUCAUGGGAGAUCACGUGUGUAGCUGGUGUUAGUUUACAGGACCCUGUAUGGAAUCAUGAUGUACCAGUAUGUAUGGCACGACUUGAAAACGGCACCCAGCCGAUGAAUUCCACUGCAUUGCCACAGGAAGACCCAUCAGACAAUAACCUGCCCACCAUUCUGACUAUCGUCUUAGUCAUCGUCUUCUCUUUCAUCUUCCUCGUCGUUCUCCUAUGCUGUAUCUGUCGAUGUCGGAAGAAUGGAAGGUGUAAGUGUAAAAGGAAACCCAAGAAGGUGGAGUUGUGGUACUAAACCUCGAUCAAAAAAAUAAUAAUAAUAUUUUAAAUUAUGUGCCCAUACAGUACUAAAUUCAACGGGAUAUGAUCAUUAUCAACCCAUCUACUACUGCACACUCUUGGGGUUAAACAAUAUACGUGGGGGGUUCCCCGGCGGCAUGUUUACUUUGAUAGACAAUAAUUGUUUCAUAUAUCUCUGUAAAAAGUUUGACACAUGCACUAUAGUCGCCCAUCUUUGUAGAUGAAACUUAGGAUGAGAUAUAGAAUGAAAAUGAGUUUGUUCACAAAUUAAAUUGAAGAUAAUACCCGGAAUCAAACCCGGCAAGUUAGAGAAAUUACUUAUCAAAAUCAGUCUCAAAAGUAUUGGCUAAUUUGGCUGAAAUAUAAGCACAAAAUGGACAGCUGUCUCAAAUAAAAUGAGAAAAAAAUUAUGAAAAUAUAUUAUGAAUAAAAUGACCAAUUCAUGAUGGUUACAUGUCGAAUGAAUGGCUUUAAAUCCAAAGAUGGAUACACAUUCCAGCAAAACAUGAAAUAGUCUUAAAUUGUCA